UCUCAACAACAACAACAACAACAACAACAAAAAAAAUGAGAAUGAUGAAUGAAUUUUCUACAGGAUUUCAUCGCUUUAUUUAAUCCUUUAAGGGAAUAAAAUGACUCAAGAGACCAAUAACCUUGUUAAAUCUUUGUCAUCGCCAUCAUCGGUGACAAAAUCCAAACAAAUCAUUAAAACUGAUAACAACAAAGGAACUGAUGGCGAAAAACGAAAAUCUCGUUCACAUCGUGUACAACAUAAACCCGAAUUCAUGACAAGAAUUGUCAUUCGACAACUUCCACCGACGAUGAAUGAAGAACAAUUUUUAGAGGUUGUCUCACCGUUACCAGCUCACACUGAAUUCUAUUACGUUAAUGGUGAUGUAAAUCUGGCUGAAUUUGCAUUUUCUCGUGCUUAUAUUAAAUUCACAAACAUUGAUGAUAUGUUAAUUUUCAAUCAAAAAUAUGAUGACUAUAUAUUUUUGGAUUCUAAAGGCAAUGAAUAUCCUGCCAUUGUGGAAUAUGCACCAAUGCAAAAACUUCCUCGACGAUUGAAUUCGAUGAAUAUUAAAAAAGAUUCCAAAGCAAAUACAAUCGAUAAUGAUCCAGAUUUUAUUGCAUUCAAAGAAGCAUUAGAAACAAUACAAAAUGAUGGUACAGCAGCUGCACAACAACAACAACAAACAAUUACAACUGCUGAACAAUUAUUGGAAGAGAUUGAAAAAAAUAAAGAAUCAAAAGAGAAUAUUAAUCAAAUACCACCAUUGGUUGAAUAUUUGAAUAAAAAACGGUUGGAAAAAUUGAAAAUUCAAGAAGAGAAAAAACGUAAAAAAGAUGAAUUGAAAAAGAAGAAAAAAGAAGAGAUUCGUAUAAAAAAAUUGGAAAAGAAAAAAGAAAAACAAAUGGAACAGAAAAAAUCUAAACAAACGACGGAAAAAUCAUCAACAAAAGAUCGGAUUGAUAAUAAACAACAGAUUGAUCGGAAAACUGUCAUUAUUGUUAGUGGCGGUAGCGGUGUUGGUGGUGACCGCCGAAAACGGCAAGAAAAGCAACAACAACCAUCACCACAAUCACAAGCAGCAACAUCAUCAUCAUCAUCAAAUUCGAAUAUUGCAAAAGAUUCGAAAAAAUCAUCAUCAAACGAAAUGGAUGAAAAUUCCAAAUCCAAUGUGAAAAUUAUGAACAAAAAUGAUGAUAAUCAACAAACGCCGACAAAAAAUCACAAAGAAAAAGAAAUCAGUAACAGUAGUAAUAGAAGAGAUGAUCGUCAACGAAUUCGAAAUAAAGAUCGACCAACAUUGGAAAUAUAUCGACCAGGAAUGGGACGACAUCAACAACAGCAACAAUCGAUACAAAAAUCUUCAAACUCAUCAUCAUCAUCUAAUCAUCAACAACAGCAACAACAAACGGGCAAUGGUGAUGAUGAUAAUAAACCAAAAGAUUGUCACACAUCAUCAUCAUCAUCAUCAUCUUCGACAACAAUACCAUCGAAACAACCGGGAACAACAAACCAAAAUUAUUCGGAUAAACCGAAAUACAAGUAUCGAGUAUUUACAAGAACAAGAACCAAUAAACCAAAUAAUUAGCCAGCCACAUUAUGGCUAACAAUUUUGAGUUUGUGGUUGAAUUUUGAAUU